UACAGCACAUUUAUUCAACUAAACUUGACAUCUCCAACUCUCCUUUUCUCCUUCACUCAUUCAUGGCCAACAGAUUCUCUCUUGCAAUGGAAAGAACUGGCCAAUGGGUUUUCUCUCAAGAAAUCUCAACUGAUAUAAUCGUGGAAGUUGGAGAAGCCAAUUUCUCCCUUCACAAGUUCAUGCUGGUGGCGAAGAGCAAUCAUAUAAGGAAGCUGAUUUUGGAAUCGAAGGAGACGGAUUUGACGAGGAUUAAUCUGUCUGACAUUCCCGGAGGGCCGGAGAUCUUUGAGAAGGCGGCCAAGUUCUGCUACGGCGUCAACUUCGAGAUCACGGUGGACAACGUCGCCGCCCUUCGUUGCGCCGCCGAGUAUCUCCAGAUGACCGACAAAUACUGCGACGGCAAUCUCGCCGGAAGAACCGAUGAUUUCUUGUCUCAGGUGGCGCUCACCACCCUCUCCGGCGCCCUCGUCGUACUCAAGUCGUGCGAGGAUCUCCUCCCCAUCGCUGCUGAUCUCGGGAUCGUGCAACGCUGCGUCGAGAUCACCGCCGCAAAGGCUUGCGUGGAGGCGAAUUUCCCGAGCCGUUCGCCGCCAAAUUGGUGGACGGAGGAGCUGACGAUCUUGGACAUAGCCUUCUUCGAGAGGAUCAUUGCAUCAAUGAAAGGAAGAGGCGCAAAGGGACUAACUCUAGCCAGCGCGAUCAUAACCUACACAGAGCGAACGCUGCGCGAUCACUCUGGCAAGGGCACCCGGUCGCUGGACUCCAGCGACCCAGACGUCCGCCUCCAGCAGCGCGACAUCCUCGAGUCCAUCGUGGCCCUCCUCCCACCAGAGAAAUCGGCCUUUCCAAUACACUUCUUGUGCUGUCUGCUUCGGACAGCCAUUUUCCUGAGAGCCGACAGCCGGUGCAAGAGUGAGCUGGAGAAGAGGAUUUCUAUGAUUCUUGAGCACGUGACCCUUGAUGAUUUGCUGGUUUUGUCGUUCACCGUUGAUGGCGCGAGGCUGUUUGAUCUUGAGAGUGUGAGGAAGGUCAUAUCUGGAUUUGUGGAGAGGGAGAAGAAUGUGGCGAUUUUCAAUGCAGGGGAGGUUUGCUCCACAGCUAUGUAUAGAGUUGGGAAGACUAUUGAUGCUUAUCUUGGGGAGAUAGCCACCUAUGCUGAUUUAACCAUUUCCAAGUUCAAUGGGAUUGCCAAUUUGGUGCCUAAGGCCGCUAGGAAGGUCGAUGACGAUCUUUAUCGCGCUAUUGAUAUCUAUCUCAAGGCGCACCCGAAUCUAGAUGAGAUCGAGCGGGAAAAGGUGUGCAGUGUGAUGGACCCGCUAAAGCUAUCGUAUGAUGCUAGGGUUCACGCUUCCCAAAAUAAGCGGCUCCCGGUGCAAAUAGUCCUCCACGCGCUAUACUACGACCAGCUCAAGUUGAGAAGUGGAGGGGAUGAUCACCAGGAUGCAGAUGCAGUCACGAUGAGGAAGCAAGUGCAAGCCGACACGUCCCUCGUGAAGGAGAACGAGGAGCUGAGGACGGAGUUGUUGAAGAUGAAAAUGUACAUUCAAGACAUCAAAAAAGGGCAGGGCACAUCGUCGAAAUCGAGCGGGAAAAAGCCUACAUUCUUCUCAUCCAUGUCCAAGACUUUGGGGAAAUUGAAUCCGUUCAAGAAUGGAUCCAAAGACACGUUGAAUAUUGAUGAUGGAAUGCCGGAUUUGACAAAACCUAGAAGGAGACGAUUCUCCAUUUCCUAAGUUUUGUGAUUGUAUUUUUUUUAGUUAUAUUGGUGUGAUUGAUUAAUCUUGUAAAGAGUUUGAUGUUUAUGUUUGUUUUAGUUUUAUGAUAAACUAUUGUGAUGCGUGGUUUGACCA